CCACUUCCGGUUGAGUUUCCACCAAUCAGCAGCGCGGAGGGACACGGAAGUGCAAUGGCGGCGAAUGGAGCGGGUCUGCAGUCCAGCGAGGAAAGUAAACAAGAGAGCAGGAGCGGAGAAAUGCGCCCUAACGAGGGACCCAACCAGACUCCUAACCAGAGUUUCAGACAGUGUUUCUCCUCCCUGCUCGGGUCUCUCACUGAGCUGGGCUGUGAGCUAAAAUUAUGCACCAGCGUUUUAAGCAUCACUGCCAACGUGAAUGCAGUUAAUGUUGCUGACCUGAAACCAUCCCAUGUGUACAACUGUUUACAACAACACAUCUCCAAGUUACAGCUAAUAUCCUCAAACCUGAAACAUAUUGUGGAAUUGGAAAAUCAGUCUACAUCAGCCAGUAGAGAAACAACCAGGAAAUCCAGCAAAGAGUUGGUAACAACAUCUGACCAAGAAAUGGAGAUAGACCCAGGGCAAAUUUCUACCACAUCACAAGACCACACUGCCCUUAAAGACACUGCGAAGACCCAGAUUGAUGACAGCAGUAUUCAGAUUAAAGCUGGCAAGGCUGAGAUUGAACGCAGGAUAUCUGCAUUUAUAGAGCGCAAACAGCUGGAGAUCAAUGAAAACAACGUGCGGGAGUUUUGCAAUGUGAUCGACUGCAAUCAGGAAAACAGUUGUGCCAGAACAGAUGCCGUCUUUACACCAUAUCCUGGAUUCAAGAGUCAUGUCAAAGUGACAAGAGUGGUAAAUACUUAUGGGCCCCAGACCAGAGGAGGGCACUCUGAGCAGGGAGAGCAGCAACACGGCUUGUUCAACAGAGACUGUGGAAACCCCGCCAUUGAGGAGCGGCUUCACAACAUAGAGGCCCACCUGAAGCUACCUGCAGCAGGUCCUGUCCCUCAAAGCAUUUACCAGCGGCUGAAGAAGCUAGAGGAUCGAAUCCUGGAACUCGAGGGUCUUUCCCCGGAGUACUUCCACUCCAUGAGUUACUCUCACAAACGUCCAAAGGCUUCAGGUUCUCAGAGUUACAGUCUGACUGAGUUGGAUGGGAAGAUCAAUGCAGUUAAAACUGCCUUGCUAAAAAGAGCGACUGACUUCCAGUCGGCAGAAGCGAGGGAGUUUACCUUUUGACAAAUGCGCACCGCGUACACAAGAACGGCCUUCGCUAUUUAAUCUGCAUUUAACUCUGUAUGCAAAGCUCUUCUGUCAAUGUCAACGUGAAGCAGUGGUAGGAACCAGUGUAAUUUCUGUGUGUUUCUAAAGUUGUCUGCAGUGACUUUGUAUUAUAGAUUUGAAAAAAGGGAGAGUGCGGUAUAACUGAUGUAGUAAUUGAGAGAAGAAAAGAAAGUCAUGCUGUCAUUUUUCAUUUUUGUAAAUACAUCUUUUCUGUAUGAAGUA